AUGCUGGGUGAGGACUACAACCCUGGCAAUAAGAUCACUAGUCAGGUAACAAGCGCGAGAGGGGGAGAUGGAAAAUCACAGCUUUUUGACGCCUUGGGUAGCCCAGCCACAGUUCAGCAGCUGAUUGUUGGGGGCGAAGACGUCAACCAUGAAGAUUUCCUCGGAGCAACUCCACUGCACUGGGUAUUCUCACAGGAACAUCCAAAUCUUGAAUCUGCGGAAAUCAUUCAUCAAAAUGGAGGCAACAUAAACAGCCAGGACUACCAAGGCAACACGCCUCUCGAGUAUGCCGUCCGUCACGCAGCGUCAGCGGCAGGCGUUGAAUGGCUUCUAUCCAAAGGCGCAGACCCAAACGUCAAAACGAAGCAGAAUCUCUUACUAUAUGCCUUGGCUAAAGGCAAAACAGAUAUCCUAAAGAUGCUAUUGGAUGCUGGAGCAGAUCCAAACAGCCCUCGACACUUCCCGCCACUCUUUCACGCCAUGGGGCUGGGCAGAUUUCUCGACGAGGCGGUAGACUUGCUUCUCGCACACGAGGCCAAUCCUGUUGCCGUGACGAACGGGAACGUGACGCCUCUGGCUUAUGCCGUUCGCCAAAGCAAGCCUUGCCGCAACCUGAGCGCGAUGCGAAAAGUGUAUGAGCAGGCGCAGCGUCGUGGCACUCCCUUUACGGCAGAGCAGCUGAGCAAGGCCUUUUCUGAAUACCGCGGCCAUGGCUAUCACCGGGAGCUUUUUGAGCAAUUCCUGGAGUGGAACGUUGAUGUGAACCAGAAAAUUGCUCGCAAAAGGGGAGGCUUUACUCGACCCUUGAUCAUCGCCUGCGGUGAUGAAAAUGCUGAUAUAGACGCCAUUCAGCAUCUAUUGAGCUUGGGAGCAGACCCAACUCUCGCAAAUCACGAUGGAGAAACUCCCCUUCACGCAGCGAUACUCACAGGAGCGCCAGAUACGGUCCUGUUCCUGCUAGAAACACUCGAUGCCCAGGCAAUCAAUCAGGCGAAUAACCACGGCCAGACAGCAUUACACAUUGCCUGCGAGAUUAUCCAUCCAACCGGCUUCCGCGUACACCAGAACAAACGAUUCUUCUUCGGCCCUCGACUAAAGAAAUUCACCAAAGACGAAGUCACACGCCAGCUUGCAAACCUAACCAUCGACCAAGCCGUUGCCAUAAGACGCGCGCGCUGCAUAGGCCUCGCACAGGCUCUCCUCGCCCACGGAGCAUCCACCCACGCGCAAGACGCCGUUAUAGGCGCCACGCCGCUGCACUACGCGUGCAGAAUCGGCAUCCCCGAGCUGGUGACUGCCCUCCUGGAGGCCUGUUCGGGGACAUGCCUCAGGCUGAGGGACAAGCUGGGCCAGACGCCACUGCACUGGGCGGCCAAGUACGGGAAAGCCGGCGCCGUGCAGGCGCUCAUGGAAUGGUCUCAGACAGAAGAAAACUGCGUGGAUGAUGAUGAUGACGGCCCGUAUGGGUGUCAUCUUCCGUACAUGGCCGACGAGCAGCGCCGCUUGCCGAUACAUCUCGCCGCAAUGAAAGGCCAUGACAAUACUCUGGAGGUUUUGCUAGAGUAUACUUCCGCAAGGUAUUACGAGGCUCAAGACAAGGACGGCCGCACGCCGCUGUGGUACGCCAGCUACUGGUACAAAGAUGUAGGGGUCUGGGGCUGCGAUCACUCUAGAUACGAUGACUGUGCGGGAAAGCUUCGACGCAAGAUUGAGAGUGCGCGUGGUGCUGUUCCGGCUUACUACUAUGCUUUUGCUGCUGUGGCCUCUUCGCUAGCUUUGGCGGUCAUAUUUCGGUCUGUUAUUGCUGGUGCUGCUGCUGUUGCUGUUGCUCAGGGACGCAGCUUUUGCGUAAAGGCGUGGGGAGGUGUAGUGGUUACAUGGCGAUGUGCGGUAGCUGGUUGGAGAUAUGCGCGAGAUGAGUAUUGCAGGAGCCAUACGUGA